ACGGAAAGCUGAGCAAGACAUCCAGCCUCGUGCGCACCAAAGCAUACAGAUAUCAGCCUCAACCCACCUGCCUCGGGAUCUAUCGCAAAUCCCCUCCGGCUGGCUGCCCUGUCCAGAGACUUUUUUGUUUGCCCGCCCGACACUCCAAAUUCCAGGGCCUGUGCCGCUUCACCUCAAAGAUGCUUUUCUUUAGCUUCUUCAAGACGCUGAUCGACGUCGAGAUCACGGUCGAGCUCAAGAACAGCAUCCAGAUCCGCGGCACCCUCAAGAGCGUGGACCAGUACCUGAACCUCAAGCUGGAGAACAUCUCGGUCGUCGAGGACGUCAAGUACCCGCACUUGAGCGCCGUCAAGAACGUCUUCAUCCGCGGCAGCGUCGUGCGCUACAUCCACCUCCCGGGUGCGCAUGUCGACGUGCCGCUGCUCGAGGACGCGACCCGGAGGGAGGCGGCCGCAAACGCGGCCAGCGCCGCGACCGCUGCGAAGCGCUGAAACCAAAAAAAAAGAAAGAAGGAAAGGGAGGUGUGUUGUUGCCGCCCUGCUUGGUGUGCCGGCGGUACCCCGUGACGCUCGGGACAUACCGGGAUGAAAAUGUUUGGGAUACCUAUGACCAUCUACUCCGGCGGCUCUAGUUGACUUGAGAGAAGCACUUUGCUCGCUUCGGUUCCCAACUCUUUGUCCUACGCAUCACCCUGAAGAGGGCAGGCUGUGUCUCUUGGCCCUGGUUAUUGGGAGUUGACUGGGGCUCACGUGCAGGAUUUCGGUUGAGAAUCCACGCAGGCCGCACCAUGCAGGCAGACGGCUCCCUGAACGUCUAGGGCAGUCAUGCUCUCGAGGUUUAUGGACUGGGCAAUUUUUGGUUUACCGAGGCACGCGAUUGGUCGCGUUGGGAUGUGUCGAUACCCAACAUUGCUGCGACGGCCGGGGCAUAUGGGGGGACCUGCUCUGAGUGGACGGGCGCUCCUCGUGUGGCGAUGAUUGCAUGUUUUUGGUUAUUGUGUAUACUGCGUGUAGCCGAGGCUGUCGUAGAGGGAUUGGAAGGUAGCAGAGAACGAAAAAAAAAAAAAUGAAUGACGACCACGACCCUGCAUCACUGCCCAAA